GCUCGCCCUAAUAUGGGCCCAGUGUGUACCGUAGGACUGUUCUCUUAUCUAUCGCCGCGUCUGGUCGAAGGUGUAUAAUCGUACGACCAGCCCUUCCGUACAUUUCUGUCUGCACAUGGGCACCAACGGGAGGCUACUUUUCGAAGAGUUUUAGUCGGAAAACUCUACCUCCUGUAUAAGAAGCGCCUGUCUUCUCCCCGUUCAGGACCCUUCGUAGGUAUCAUCCUAGUUUUGUAGUACACGUCCAGUCAUUAUCCCCCAACGUCGACACCUUGAAUCAGACAGACAAUGUCCGGACUCGGGAAAGAUUUGCUUCAGGAGCCGGUAGAUGUUGGUGAAUAUCUGUUCCGGCGGCUGUACGAGGUGGGCGUGCGCUCAGUUCAUGGGUUGCCCGGAGACUACAAUCUCGUGGCCCUCGACUAUAUCCAAAGCACUGGGUUGAAAUGGGUGGGAAGCGUAAAUGAGCUGAAUGCUGGCUAUGCUGCCGAUGGCUACGCCCGUGUCAAGGGCAUCUCGGCCCUCAUCACGACAUUUGGUGUCGGGGAGCUAUCUGCCAUCAACGCGAUUGCUGGGGCUUUCUCCGAGCAUGUUCCCAUAAUCCACAUUGUCGGUUGUCCGUCCACGGUGUCUCAGCAGAACGGCAUGCUGCUGCAUCACACACUCGGCAAUGGGGACUUCAACGUCUUUGCGAACAUGAAUUCCGAGGUCUCCUGCGACAUUGCAAAGCUCAACACUCCGGCCGAGAUCGCAAGUCAGAUCGACCACGCGAUUCGAAAAUGCUGGGUUCGUAGCCGGCCAGUCUACAUCAUGCUUCCAACCGAUGUGGUGCGAAAGAAGAUUGAAGGCGCCAGGCUCAAAAAGCCCAUUGACCUGGAGGAGAACCCAAACGACCAAGCGAGAGAGGACUAUGUCGUAGACGUGGUGCUGAAAUACCUCUACGCGGCUAAACGUCCCGUGAUGUUGGUUGAUGCCUGCGCAAUUCGUCAUAGGGUUUUGGACGAGACCCACGCACUGUUGGAGAAGGCGAACAUGCCCGUCUUCGUCACACCCAUGGGGAAGGGCGCCAUCGACGAGACGCAUUCGAACUAUGGGGGUGUUUAUGCAGGUGAAGGCUCGAAUCCAGAAGCCAAAGUCAGAGUGGAAUCCUCCGAUCUUAUUUUGUCCAUCGGAGCGCUGAAGAGCGAUUUCAACACGGCGGGCUUUUCAUAUCGCACCUCGCAGCUCAACACCAUCGACUUCCACAGCACUCAUACCAUUGUUCGUUACUCGGAAUACCCUGGCGUGAAAAUGAAAGGUGUGCUCCGCAAGGUCACUGAGAAGCUUGACCCCGGCAAACUUGCCAUGGUCCCGUCGCCGGUGGUAGAAAAUAUCGUCCCCUCGCGUCAGGAAGAUCCAUCCCCUACCAUAACCCAGGCUUGGCUCUGGCCUAGGUUCGGUCAAUUCCUCCGCUACAACGACAUCGUCGUCACCGAUACGGGUACCGCCAAUUUUGGAAUCUGGGAAACCAGGUUCCCCCCCGGCGUCACCGCGCUGAGCCAAGUUCUCUGGGGUAGCAUUGGCUGGUCUGUCGGAGCUUGCCAGGGAGCAGCACUGGCGGCCAAGGAUGUCGGGCAGGACAGGAGAACCAUCUUGUUCGUGGGGGACGGCUCUCUCCAGCUGACUGUGCAGGAAAUAUCGACCAUGAUACGCCACAAGCUGCAUGUGACGAUCUUCGUCCUUUGCAACGAGGGGUUCACCAUUGAGCGCUUCAUUCACGGUAUGGAUGCCGAGUACAACGACAUUGUCGAAUGGAAGUACAAGGAUAUCCCGGCCGUUUUUGGCGCACCGGAAGGAGAAACGAGGGCUUACCGAGUUCAUAUCAAGGAUGAGCUGGAGAGGCUGUUGACAGAUAAGGAGUUCGGUGAUUUCAAGGGUCUGCAGCUGGUCGAGCUGCACGUAGGGAAGCAUGACGCGCCGAGGUCUUUGGUCCUGACGGCACAGCAGAGUGCAAGAACAAAUAUCAAGAACGACUAAGAUGCGUGGCAAGGUCAGUAAAGAAGCCCGUGUUGAACCGGGUCUGGAACUCGACAUCCACGAGGACGUCGCUUCCAGAUAGUCUUAACAAGGUUAUCUCGCAACGCUAUGCUAUGCAAUGAUACUAUAUCUGACCACGACGGGAAAACCAUGGCAGUAUCUGGACAGAUCCAGCAUUUUGAAAGUUGAUCAGGCA